AUGGCCACGACCAGAGUGAGCAUGGUAAAUACGACGAAGAAAACCAAGAAGGUCAUGACGGGGAAGACCCCAACGGCCACUGGAAUCAUUCCGGUGGACAUGAUGAGAGCGACCCUCAUGGUUACUACAAUGAACACGAGCAUCAAGAUGAGCAUAACCCGGGCCAGCAUGGGGGCAAUCCUGAUGAACACGAGCAUCAAGAUGGGCACGACCCGAGCCAGCACGGGGGUCACUAUGGCCAUGACCAAAACCAGCAUGGUGAGCAAGACCCAAGUCACCAUGAAAUGGGAUCGGGUCAUAACGAUGACUGCCAUCAACAGCAGCAUGAUAACAGCAACCACCACGACCCUCAGACGCAGCAGCAUGACAGCAGCAACCACGAUGAUCCUCAUAAGCAGCAAACAGGUGGUGACGGUUGCCACUGCCCUCCACCAUCCGAUGAUCAUGCUCACCAACACCAAGAACAACAACCACACCACCAACAAGAACAACAGCAGCACGAACAACCACAUGGGCAACAGCACGAACACCAGGGGCAUGAUGACUGCCAUGACGAGAAACAGCAGCAGCAUCACGGUGGCUCUCAACAUAUACAGUGUUUGGCUUCGCCUUUUUGUAUAUCUGCUGGGCGCUCUGGCGAUUCUGUUCCAAGCUCUUGUCAUUCUGGGCGACGUACCUGGAGCACAAGGUUCGGGGAGUGGGACGUCGGGAUACUAUCUUUUACAAUUCAACUCCGUUGAUGGACUGGCAACAACCCGGUUACGCAUCGGGUAUACAGCAAUGUGCUGUUCGCUCUCAAGUGGCCCGGAGCACUGCGCCAUCACCGUCGGCAAAGACCACGCUUCCAGUAUCCGAUACCUGUCCAUCGGGACCAACAACAUCUACGACUUUGAAUCCUUACCUGCUAACCAGACGCUCAACUCGGUGUUGUUUGAGGUAGCAGCAUCCCUGCAGAAUGAUGUCUUCAUUGUCUUCCCUGCCAUCCCCGGCAUGUUCCUGGCACUCGGAGUCAUUAUGUUCGCCUUCUACGGCGCCCUGAACAAGCCUUGGGUCGGCCCAGCAUCGUCAUGGAGACAGUCACAACGGAACCGACGACUCGACAUCCUGCGGAUCGUCAUGAUUGUGCUGAUCGGACUCUCGGCCAUCUUCGCCUUCGCCGCGGCAGUGUCGAACUCGCAGAUGUUUGCGGCGGUCCAGCUCGCCACGAGCCACAACGAGCAAGCCCCCGGCAUCUUCCAGGUGACCAAAGGCAGUGCAGCCCUCGCACUACACUGGCUAGCGGUCAUCUGGACCAUCGGCUUCUUGAUCGGUAUCAUCCAGACACACAUCGAAAUCAGCGCCGUCAAGAUCAAGGUCAACCCUAGCGACACGGCCGGCACGACGGGCGGCAGCCAGUUCCAGGCGAAUGGCAGCACAAUCGAGAGAGCGUCACUCCUCAAGGAUGCGGAACCUAUGGCGAUCAACCCAGCUGGUCUGGCUCCGCAAGUUCCCAAUCCCAACUCAACCAACGGUGCUGGAGGGGCUGGCGGACCCAUGGGCGCACGAGGCGGUAUGAGGGGCGGCGCUCGAGGAGGGGCUAUGGGAAUGCGGGGCAGAGGCGGCGCUAUGGGCCGAGGGCGAGGCAUGUAA